AUGAAGCUAUCCAUUUCAAAUACAGCUUGGAUGGGGGCUGAGGACGAGCAGGUGGAGAAGACGACACUAAUAUUCACCUAUGGAACCCUCAAGCAUGGUUUCUCCAACCACAGCCUCAUACAGGACAUGGUUGCCACCGGAGACGUUUCAUACCUCGGCGUCUAUCGGACCCUUGAGAAGUUACCAUUGGUCUGUGGUCCCUACAGGGUGCCUUUCUUGCUCAACUUCCCUGGUUCAGGCGACCGAGUUUGGGGCGAGUUGUAUGCCGUGUCGACUCGGGCGCUGGUUCGCAUGGACGAGUUGGAAGGCACGAGCCGAGGCCAUUACGAGAGAUUGCCAAUCAAAGUUGAGUCCGGCGAGGGGGAGGCGGAGGCGGAGGCGUAUUACGCGCACAGGAGUUAUGCGGUGGAGAUGUGGAAGAGGAAUGGAGAGAAAGGGUACAGUAACUACUCCGAGAAAGAGGCCAAAGGAUACGUAAAGCGGAUGGAUAGACCUCAGCAUCUCAGUUUCUUGGAUCAGAUUCGAAUCUUCGUGUCGUCGUCGUCGUCGUCCGAUCCUCAUCCUCCGCCAGAUAAUUGA